GGGCACCAGGAGCUGGAAGAACAAGAGGGUCUCUGGCCCAGAGUCUGGGAUGGGGAGAGGCAGAGGGGGCAUUGGAAAUUGGGGACGCAUCUUUGAACUGAGAUACCAGCUGUUGCCAAGACCAGCCCCUGGGCCAGGCUAAGGAAGGGCAGGGCUAAAGGUGGGGAGCUAAGGGUCAGGCAGGGCCUUGAAUGCCGUGUUCAGGAGGCUGGCCUUUAUCCCUCAGGACCUGGGGAGCCACGGAAAGAUUUGAGGAGGAGCGGGCAUUGGACACAGCUGGACACUGGGGAACGCGUGACACAGGGGCACGGAUCCAGCCCAGCUCUGAUAAGGAACAGCAGAGUUCCACAGGACCAUAGUGGCAGAGGCGGCAGAUCGCCUGCGGGCCUCGCGGGCCGAUGCCUCGGGUCCCCCUCCGGCCUCGGUUUCUCCGCGCAGCGGGGCGGGGCGGGGGCAGCGCGGGUCUCAAAGCUGCCUGCAGGGGGCGCCCGUGAGCGGCGCGGCCGGAGCCGGAGACCGAGCGGCCGCCGAGACAGCGGGAGCCGGCGUGCGAGCCGCAGAAUCAUGGGUGAGAGCUGGCAUGGCCCCUAGAGGUCAUUUGGGGUUCAGCUGCCUCACCGUAUCAAUGAGGAAACUGAGGCCCAGAAAAGAAAAGCAUUUUUGCCCAGAGUCCCUCAGAAAAAAACAGACCACAUCUGAUCCUUGGCCCUGAGUCCAGAGUGGGAGGCACCGUGACAACAAUGCACAGAGCAGGGAAUGCAGGGAGCCAUGGAUAGUGCUGGGGUGCCUCAGGAACCCUGAAGCUAGGCUGAGCCAUGAUGCUGCUGCCAGAACCCCUGGAGAGGGCCUGGUUUCAGGAGACUCAGAGUCCUCUGUGAAAAAGCCCUUGGAGAGCGCCCCAGCAGGGCUGCACUUGGCUCCUGUGAGGAAGGGGCUCAGGGGCCUGGGCCCCUCCGCCUGGGCCGGGCUGGGAGCCAGGCGGGCAGCUGGGCUGCAGCGAUGGACCGUGAGCUGGCCCAGCCCGCGUCCGUGCUGAGUCUGCCUGUCUGUGGCCAUGCCCAUCAUGGGCUCCUCGGUGUACAUCACGGUGGAGCUGGCCAUUGCCGUGCUGGCCAUCCUGGGCAAUGUGCUGGUGUGCUGGGCCGUGUGGCUCAACAGCAACCUGCAGAACGUCACCAACUACUUUGUGGUGUCACUGGCGGCGGCCGACAUCGCGGUGGGUGUGCUCGCCAUCCCCUUUGCCAUCACCAUCAGCACCGGGUUCUGCGCUGCCUGCCACGGCUGCCUCUUCAUUGCCUGCUUCGUCCUGGUCCUCACGCAGAGCUCCAUCUUCAGUCUCCUGGCCAUCGCCAUUGACCGCUACAUCGCCAUCCGCAUCCCGCUCCGGUACAAUGGCUUGGUGACUGGCACGAGGGCUAAGGGCAUCAUUGCCAUCUGCUGGGUGCUGUCGUUUGCCAUCGGCCUGACUCCCAUGCUGGGUUGGAACAACUGCGGUCAGCCAAAGGAGGGCAAGAACCACUCCCAGGGCUGCGGGGAGGGCCAGGUGGCCUGUCUCUUUGAGGAUGUGGUCCCCAUGAACUACAUGGUGUACUUCAACUUCUUUGCCUGUGUGCUUGUGCCCCUGCUGCUCAUGCUGGGUGUCUAUUUGCGGAUCUUCCUGGCGGCGCGACGACAGCUGAAGCAGAUGGAGAGCCAGCCUCUGCCGGGGGAGCGGGCACGGUCCACACUGCAGAAGGAGGUCCAUGCUGCCAAGUCACUGGCCAUCAUUGUGGGGCUCUUUGCCCUCUGCUGGCUGCCCCUACACAUCAUCAACUGCUUCACUUUCUUCUGCCCCGACUGCAACCACGCCCCUCUCUGGCUCAUGUACCUGGCCAUCAUCCUCUCCCACACCAAUUCGGUUGUGAAUCCUUUCAUCUACGCCUACCGUAUCCGCGAGUUCCGCCAGACCUUCCGCAAGAUCAUUCGCAGCCACGUCCUGAGGCAGCAAGAACCUUUCAAGGCAGCUGGCACCAGUGCCCGGGUCUUGGCAGCUCAUGGCAGUGACGGAGAGCAGGUCAGCCUCCGUCUCAACGGCCACCCGCCGGGAGUGUGGGCCAAUGGCAGUGCUCCCCACCCUGAGCGGAGGCCCAAUGGCUACGCCCUGGGGCUGGUGAGUGGAGGGAGUUCCCAAGAGUCCCAGGGGAACACAGGCCUCCCAGACGUGGAGCUCCUUAGCUAUGAGCUCAAGGGAGUGUGCCCAGAGCCCCCUGGCCUAGACGACCCCCUGGCCCAGGAUGGAGCAGGAGUGUCCUGAUGAUCCAUGGAGUUUGCCCCUUCCUAAGGGAAGGAAAUCUUUAUCUUUCUGGUUGGCUUGACCAGUCACAUUGGGAGAAGAGAGAAAGUGCCAGGAGACCCUGAGGGCAGCCAGUUCCUACUUUGGACUGAGAGGAGGAAGCCCCAGGCUGGAGCAGCAUGAGGCCCAGCAAGAAGGGCUUGGGUUCUGAGGAAGCAGACGUUUCAUGCUGUGAGGCCUUGCACCAGGUGGGGGCCACAGCACCAGCAGCAUCUUUGCUGGGCAGGGCCCAGCCCUCCACUGCAGAAGCAUCUGGAAGCACCACCUUGUCUCCACAGAGCAGCUUGGGCACAGCAGACUGGCCUGGCCCUGAGACUGGGGAGUGGCUCCAACAGCCUCCUGCCACCCACACACCACUCUCCCUAGACUCUCCUAGGGUUCAGGAGCUGCUGGGCCCAGAGGUGACAUUUGACUUUUUUCCAGGAAAAAUGUAAGUGUGAGGAAACCCUUUUUAUUUUAUUACCUUUCACUCUCUGGCUGCUGGGUCUGCCGUCGGUCCUGCUGCUAACCUGGCACCAGAGCCUCUGCCCGGGGAGCCUCAGGCAGUCCUCUCCCGCUGUCACGGCUGCCAUCCACUUCUCAGUCCCAGGGCCAUCUCUUGGAGUGACAAAGCUGGGAUCAAGGACAGGGAGUUGUAACAGAGCAGUGCCAGAGCAUGGGCCCAGGUCCCAGGGGAGAGGUUGGGGCUGGCAGGCCACUGGCAUGUGCUGAGUAGCGCAGAGCUACCCGGUGAGAGGCCUUGUCUAACUGCCUUUCCUUCUAAAGGGAAUGUUUUUUUCUGAGAUAAAAUAAAAAUGAGCCACAUCGUGUUUUAAGCUUGUCCAAA